AUGGAGCUUGUUAAAGGCAUAACUUCAGAUCAUGACCUGCUCGCGCUCGCUAGGCGAAUUGAAGUCCGGAUCAAUGGCAUAUACGAGCUUUCUGAGAUCCGGAAGCCACUCCCCUCGAAGGUGUCAUAUCUUAUCCUACUGCGUACGAGCCCUGGAAUCGGCCAUUGGACUGCUGUGUGUGAUCUGGCAUACUUCGACAAGCAAAUCCAAGGCUCAUCGGACGAAUAUUGUGGCAUCUUUUGUAUGUUAUUCUUAUACGCCAAGCAACAUGGACAAAUGCAAUUGUUUGAUAGAUUUACCGAUCUCGAUAUAGACGUGCUCCCAACCAAAAAAAAAGAUAGUUAUUGA